AACAAGCAAACAAAAACCGCUGUCACUGGCUUUUAAGUUGUAUGUGAGUUGUGAGCGCAUCGUGGAAUAUCGUUCUGAGGCAUACGACAAUGUGUGGGUAGCAUUCGCUUUCGUACCGGGCUGACGCAAAAUUUUCAUAUCACGAGUUUGAAUUCACGCAGUGCAUACAUACAUACGUAUUCCUGCCAACAUGGAACAAUGGAAUAAUGUUGAGUUGACCAGUUUGAGGAAGAAAUCCUAUACAUUGAAUCAUGAAUAUGAUUUAGCUAACAAAUGUGUUGUUGCUGCAAAUAAUAAUAGCGAAUCGACCCAAAAGAGUGCUACCAACGGCACCGAUGAUAAUGGCGCAGAUAAUGCUAAUCAAAGUGAAUUAUUACAACCAGGUUCGAAUAUAAAGCCAAAAGUUACAACCGAAAAUGUGGAAGCGCUUGUGCGUCGUCUGUAUGGCAUAACAAUAAAUGAGAUCAAAGAGUUGAUAUCAUAUGAUGAUCGCAAUUAUCUAAUACAACCAGAUUGGAACAUAAAAAAUCCAAUUAUUACCACACAAUGGCCGCAUGGUUAUGUUUUGAAAAUUCUUAACGCUUUGGAUUCAAAGAAGACGGACUUUAUUGAUGCCCAAAAUCAAUUGAUGUUGUAUUUAUCCAAUGAAGGUAUUGUAUGCCCCAGGCCAAUAACAAAUGUCAAUGGUAAAUAUUUUUCCGUGGAGCACAUAAAUGGCGGUGAUCAUGUUGUACGCCUGUUGGAGUUUGUGCCUGGCAAAAUGUUCCAUGAAGUUGAAAAGUCAAAUUAUCUGCUAUAUAAAAGCGGUGAAUAUAUAGCCAAGAUUGAUAGGGCAUUGAAGAACUUCCACCAUGAAGCAUACGAUACACAUAAAACCUUAUGGAUGUUAGAGUCGGUGCCACAACUAAGAGAGUUCCUCUAUGCACUAACGGAUCAUGAUCGCAAAGCGCUUGUUGAAGAAAUAAUCGAAGCAUUCGAAAAGAAUGUACUAACUAAAGUUGAUAAACUGGAAAAACAAAUAAUACACGGUGAUUUUAAUGAACAAAAUAUCAUAGUUGAGGAAUCAAAAACGUCCUCUAAUGGCGAAUACAAAGUAAAGGCCGUUAUUGACUUUGGUGAUACAAACAAUUCGCCUGUGAUUUUCGAGAUCGGUAUUGCUUUAACCUAUAUGAUACUACAGGCGAAAUCCAUAGAAAGUGGUGGUUACUUCCUUGCUGGCUAUAUGGAUAUACGUGCAAUAAGCAAUGAAGAGCGUAUACUGCUCAAGUAUUGUGUUGCAGCACGUUUAGCACAAAGUCUCGUUAUGGGCGCAUAUACGCACUCCUUAGAUCCAUCUAAUGAAUAUGUGUUGGUAACGCAAGAAGAAGGUUGGAAAAUGAUUGAAGAGUUAUGGCGCAAUCGCUUUGCGGAAAUCGAUGAAUUGUGGCAAACAACCGCUGAUAAAUAUCUGACACAAAGUGUUAAAUGAUGCGAUCGUAAAGCGAGAAGGAGCAAAAGUAUUCAAAUUAAAGUGUAAAAAAGCCAAUUUAUGAAAGAGUAGCUUUUUGUCAAUUAUUAAAGUCAAUCUAUAAUAUGAGUUUUAAAUGCAACAUGUGUUUGUACGUAUAUUGAAAAAUGUUAACAAAAUAAAUAAAGAUGUAAAAAUUAAUACGUAUAACGGAAAAA